UGGAAUUCGUUGGCUUCCCCAUACCACCACAGUCCAAUUUAGCCCCCUGCCCCACCCUCGCUGACCUAAUAAGGCCAUGCAGAGUGCGGGGGACCCGUAUAAAAGGCGCGGGCUCUAGGCGACUCUGCACGACACUGGGGAAGAGCAGUCAUGAGUAGUCCGGUGACAGGAAAGGCCACGUCCAAGGAGUGGGGCUACGCCGACCACAACGGUCCUGAUCACUGGCAUGAACUUUUCCCCAAUGCAAAAGGAGACAACCAGUCACCCAUUGAGCUACAUACUAAGGACGUUAGGCACGACCCCUCCCUGCUGCCGUGGUCAGCGUCCUAUGACCCUGGAUCUGCCAAGACCAUCCUGAACAAUGGGAAAACCUGCAGAGUUGUAUUUGAUGACACUUACGACAGAUCUAUGCUGAGAGGUGGUCCCCUUCCUGGACCCUACCGACUUCGCCAGUUUCAUCUGCACUGGGGCUCCUCAGAUGAUCAUGGCUCUGAGCACAUUGUGGAUGGAGUCAAGUAUGCAGCGGAGCUUCAUCUGGUUCACUGGAAUCCAAAGUAUAACACUUAUGGAGAAGCUCUGAAGCAACCUGAUGGAAUCGCUGUGGUUGGCGUUUUUCUGAAGAUAGGACGUGAGAAGGGGGACUUCCAGAUUUUCCUUGAUGCACUGGACAAAAUUAAGACAAAGGGCAAGGAGGCGCCCUUCUCGCACUUCGACCCCUCCUGCCUGUUCCCUGCCUGCCGGGACUACUGGACCUACCGCGGCUCCUUCACCACGCCGCCCUGUGAGGAGUGCAUCGUGUGGCUGCUGCUCAAAGAGCCCAUCACCGUGAGCUCCGACCAGAUUGCCAAGCUGCGGAGCCUCUUCUCCAGUGCUGAGAACGAGCCCCCAGUGCCCAUGGUGAGGAAUUGGCGUCCUCCACAGCCCAUCAAAGGCAGGGUGGUGAGAGCCUCCUUCAAAUGAGGCCUCGGGAUCUUGCCCUCUUCAGGAAAGGAAACCUACUGUUGGCGAGCAUGGCUCCUUGUCUCCUGGUGCUCCUUCCUCCAAGCAUAUUUGAUGUCUCUCCACUGAGCAAGCAAUGUGGGAGAUUUCAAGAUACCAAAGUUGCUUUUGAUAAACUCUGAUGUGAAUGCACAAGUUUCACACUUGACCUUUGUAAUAUCACCUUUCCUAUAAAAAUACUAUUUCUAGUAAGAAGAAACAUGGAAGAAUAAAAAUACGAAAAAAGGCUAUUGGACACCAUUUUUUGGUUAUCUUAAUUUCACAGAUCUUCAGUUUUCCUAUUUUCAUAUUAAAAAUUAUCAAUCUUGAAGCAAUGAUGAGUAAUUCUAUAUAUGGGAGUAGAUAUGUAUGAAGAUUAUGUAACAAUUAAACAUAAGCCAGAAAUUAAAAUGGCUAUGAACACCAAACAUUGAGAUGAUGAUGUGUUUUACCUCUUAAAUAGCACAAGGCCUAUCAUCUAUUAAAAAUUUAGCUGCAAUUAAGGUUAUCUGGUUUUGAUUAUCAGUGAAAGUAAAAGACCAAAAGUUUUAUAAAUUUUGAUCCCAAAUUUUAAUUUCUUCUUCAUAAAGUUGGUUGACUCUAUCUUAGUAAUUUUCUUGACCUGAAGGAGGGCCAUUUUUUUUUUUAAUUUCACUACUUUUAUCUUUGCAUGCCUAUUAAAAUAAAGACUGCCUCUGAUGUAUUUUCAGCUCAAGGCUGGAAUCAUUGAUUCCUAAUACAUGAUGGAGUGAAUGAUGGCACUUGAAGUAAAAGCAGUUGUACUGAUUCCAAAACAAUAAAGAUGUGAAAGCAAAAA